AUGAGCCCGCAAGAUGAUCGGUACUCAGAUAUCAGCAGUAUUGAAUAUGAUGAUGGUGUAAUUGAUCACAACUUCUUAGCUAAUCAGAAGAAUACUAAAGUGGAUAUAGAAAGAGGAAAUGGCGCAACUUCUGAAGGGUUCUUUUCUAAGUUCUUUCAAGAAUAUAAUGAUAAUCAGUUGCUUAAAAGAAUAGCUCAACAUGAAGCCGAAGAACUCAAAGUUUUCAUCGCUCAGAAGCUCUUUAAGGUAGACGGUAUCUUAUGUGAUGAAGAAACACGAUUGGCUAUGAUCGGUAGAUCUAUUAAUGCCAUGAACAGCAACCAGGAAGAUGUUACUCUGGAGUUGCACUAUGGACGAGAUAUGGCCAACUGGUUGAGGGAAAGACUGUUUCCAGCUUUCGCUGAAUGCUCAACCGUUCUGAAAACGGCAGCUAAAAAUUUCGAUAUGCUUCGAAGGGUCGAUCCUCUCUGCAACUGGUUUUAUCAACCUCCUGAGAUUUCCGGAUUAGUUGCCUCCAGAAUCAAAAGAUUCGUUGAUGAUAUGGGUUCCAAAGUAAAGUGGUCUUUCCUUAUAGACCCUGGAAAUCUUUCGUGUCACUUGACCGAGUUCACAAGUGAAUACAGAAGACUUGAGCUUAUGACUGCUAAUGGAUUAUCUCCAGAAGAAAUCGCUCAAGCAGCUUUCAAUAUGAACUAUUUGUCAAAAGCUCGUAGCAAAACUGUCCCUUGUAUUGAUCAUUCCCGAGUCAAACUAACAGACACACCUGUAAUACCAGAAAAUGCUAGUAAAGCUUUGGAUACCAUAUUCAAUGAUGAUGAUAUGGGAGAUGAAAGCGGAAUUGCUUACGGUACCGAUGAUUUCAUUCAUGCUUCAUAUGUCAGAGGUGGUCCAUUGCUAAACACGUUCAUUUGCUCACAAGCACCAAUGGAAAACACAGUAUAUGAUUUCUGGCGAAUGGUUUAUCAAGAAAAAUCAAAGCUGAUUAUCAUGCUCUGUGAGGCUGUAGAUCCAUCAUCUCUCGGUCCUCUAGGAAAGCUUGCACCUACUUCUUACUGCCCAUACUACUGGCCUAGGUAUGAAGGAGAUUGCGUAGUUCAUGGAAACAUCACCAUCCGGAACAAACGAGUUGAUGCUACGGUAGACCCUCUGUUCAAUGUUUCAUAUCUGGAAGUAACCAAGGACGACGAGGCGCCAUUACUGGUAGAGCACUGGCAGUGGGACUGGCAGUACAUGGGAGAUGCUCAUUGGCCGUUCAGAAUACUGAGAAAAGCUCGUCUAUCAUCUUCUCCGACUAUUGUGCAAUGUCUUGACGGAUGCACCCGAAGUGGAGCAUUAGUAACCAUUGAAACUGUUCUUAGUCAUUUUCUCAGAGGAACACCUAUGGAUGACAACGUUGUUCUCCUGUCUUCGGCGUUCGUAAGACUGCAACGUAAACUGGCGAUUGGGUCUUCUCUACAUUACUUAUUCAUUUACCGUGCUGUUCUUCAAUGGGUGUCGCCAUACGUGAGCUCGAUGACACAGAGAGUUUCUCUUGGACUUUCAUGGAGAUCCUACGGCUUCACUGCAAAGUUUGAUGAUAUGGUGAAAUUAGAUUCACAAUCGAUUCGUCCUUUCUAA